AUGAGCCGGCCACAGGUUUCAAAUUAAAUGAAUUCCGAUAAGUAUUAAAAACGUUGCUCAGGUUGAGAAAAUAAGUGACGAAAUUUACCGAGGGUUCUGCAAAUGGAUGUUGGAAGGCGUGAAGCCAAUCAUGGCCCCUUCACAAAAAGCGAUUUUCGAAGUUAUGGUCAACUCGAGAGAUUUCGAGGUCGCUUGAGAAAAGGUUUUAUAGAGAAACAUUAAUCUCACAGUUUAGGUGUUGAGAAAUUUGGAGGAUGAGUUGCUGGGAACGGUUCAACCGGCGGUUAUCCACAUUCCGUCUCAGAAGUUGGUUCUUUCUGAGUCAAUGUGGUAAAUUCUGAUAUCUGAUAGAACGCUUUUUUUUUGUGAAUUGAAGGCCCUCAGCGAUGAGGCAAUGCGUCGCCAAACAUCUUCAAAUCUCAAAUUGCGAGAGAAAAGUUAUGUCGCAUCUAUACGACAACUAUUUCGGGGUUCCUCCGGCUCAUAAGGUUCGAAAGAAUUGAUAAAAAUGAAAAUGAAAGCUCAGAAUUUCUUUCGGAGCUUAGGAAAUCAACUACGAGUUUUAGCGGGAUUGGAAACAAAGUUAAAGCCAGAAACAUAGUGCAAUCUAGGAUAUUCGCUCAUUGAAAACUAUCAAGCGCCGUUGAAAAUAUGAAUUUGAGAAAAUUAAGUUUGGGUUCUGAAAAAGAGCUUUCAAAGAUGAUCAGGUAUCGCUUGAAUUUUGAAAUGAUAAAGUUUCAAAACGCAUUCGAAAGUUUUAAACAAUAAUAAAAUAAAUUAUAUAGGACAUUUUAUUUUGUGAUUUUUAUGCUACAUAGCCGAGUAAAUAUGUUUCAUAAUUGUGAAAAUUACGCGAUAUAUACAGUCAAAAAAAGAAAUGUCAAAAAUAAGCUUUUUACGAAAUAAGCUUGAGGUUUUUAAAUUACUUGAGCUCGCGAAUUAAAAACUAAAUUUAGUAGUUAUCAAGUUUUACAGCUACGGAACCACGUUUUGGAAGAAAUCAGCGAACAGAAGUCGAGUCGCAGAAGGAAUGUUCUCCCUAGCAAGGUUUCUCAAAGAUUUCGGGAAAUCAUGCCUUUUCAUUCAUUUUCCAGUCCCGACCUUCUACUUCAAUGACAUCCUCUAGUUUUCCAUCCACAUCGGCGGUUAAUAUGUUCGUAAAACUUGGUUCACUUCUAAAAGCUUAACCCUUUUCUCCAGAAGAGCUCAAGGAAACUUAUUGACGGCCGCCGAAAACAAAAAUGUUCGGGUCAUAAAUGCUUCGCUCGGAAUUUCGCGGAUGAAUUCCGUAACAAAAUUUUCUGAAAUUUGAAUCAUUCAGAGGAGUUUUGAGGAUUCAAAAUCGCCUAGAAUCGCGCCGAAAACCCAUGAGACACCGCAAGAAGCUCCAAAAACAGUCCAAUAUAUUUCGUCUCUGCAAGUGUCAAGAGCCACCGGCUCUUUUCAAGGUAUUUUCAGUCUUGAUAAGACAAUUUCUAAAUCGGUUGAUAAUUAUAGUUGUAUAGGAACAAGACCAAAAAUGUUUUCUUCAUGAUCAUUUUUCACACAAAAGACAUUUGUCAUUUGAAAAAUGAUGUUUCGGGCAGUUUUUUUAGCAAAAUUUCUGGACACUUUUCAGCAACAGCCAUCAAUUUUAUUAAAUAGAUAACUCACUGCUUUUUUGAUAAAAACUAUUUUACUUAUGCUUGAACGAAAAGAAAAACUGAAUAGAAAUUUAGCCCGAAGGAACCAAAGUUUUUUUCCUCUUUGACAGCUAAAAUUUCGGAAUUUUCAUACCUCAGAGCUGUACGAAGAAAGGCGCGAGUAUAAUCGCCGAAAAAGGAGUUAUUACAAAAAAAUCUACCUGAAUUCCCAAAGUGCUUGACUUAAUUUUCUUUUAAACCUCACAUUUUUCCAGAAGCGAGUCCAGCGCGACGGCCCAUUAUGAAAAAAGCUCAACCGACGCCUUCCGCCUUCAAGUUUGUCAAAAACAACGGAAGCACUGGUUUUCCUUUUCCAAGAUUUGAUGUUUUAUCUGGAGUAAAACACAGGAGUCCCCCUCUCUUACAAGGCCAAAUGGACGGCGCUUCAAUUAAAUUCUCCAUUGGACCCAGAGCUCUACGAUGUGUUGGUCGAGGUCAUCAACAAGAAAAAAUCCCUUGAGGAGGUCCUUAUCUCCCUUUUAUAGAUAAGAAUUUCGAGUCUUCCAAUCUUCGAAUUGUUUAUUUUUCAUCAAAAUUAUUUUUCUAAACACUGCUUAUAAAUAUGGUAUCUAAUUAUCAAUGAGAGAAGCCAAUUUUCAAAAAGAAUGAUAGCUUGUGUUGGCUCUGAAAAUUCAAAGUUUAGCCGGUUACCCGAAACUUUCAACUUUUUUGGGCAUUUUUUAUCAUACUUAUCACAAACUAUCUAGGCUAUAACCACAUACGUAUGUGGAAGUUAACUGUAGUUUCAAGGUGGACGCCCCGAUUCGCGACAAGGUCCGCGGGAUCGUCGAAAAGGGCCUUCUGACGACGAGUUAUCGGAGGAGCACAACUGACUUUUUGCCCGCGGGAUGGCGACUUCUGAAAAGAAAUGACGCGUUCGAAGAAGUCAAAUUCCUGGUUCGGACAACUGAAGUCGGCGAGGUUCUCUAUAAACUUUCUUUUAGAAAAUCACUUAAGAAGACUUUUUUCGGCUUCACCUUAUCCAAAAAAGAAUAAUAGACCAUGAUUAUUUUUAGAAAUUUGUUUGUCAGAUAUGGCGAGAAAUCUACAACGCAUUCAAUACAACACAGACGCCAGAAGAGAUGCUUCGAUAUGUCGCGCAGCGAUUCAUAGGAAUCUCCACCGAUAGUCAUGUUCACUAGAACCUUCCGCACUCUUCUCAAACUACAACUCAUUCAGCUACGCGAUAUCGCGUCCUACCAACUGAUCACUGGACCCAAAGUUCAAUUUCUCGCCGCCCCCAAAUGUAUUGGAAGUCGCCCGAUGCAGUACAUCCAAGUGGGAAAUGAUGAUUUUCGUCUAUUGUGAACAUUAUUCAGAUCGAUGUAGUUGAGAUGGAUCUAGUCGAGUACAGAAACAACACCUAUGAGUCGAUUUUGGUCGUGACGGACAUGUUUUCCGGCUUCGUUUUCGGUCGCGCUUUACAAAAUGAGAAUUUCGGUGAGUUUUCACAUACUUUCAGUGAAAACUUUUUUGUGAAAUUUCAAAGCUGCUACCUACGAAAAAGUUCAAGUUCAAAGCUGAGAAGUAUCAGUUAAAUUUUUGAUUUUUUAAACGCGAAUUUGGAAAGUUAAAAUCUGAGAUUUCACGUGACGUAAUUAGAUUCGCGUAACUACGAGGAAUCUAGACUUUUGAAGAGUUCUUGAGCCAAAUUGUAAUCUCUCGUUCUAAUAGACUUUCGAGCAGAUCUUAGACAAUAAUCUGGUUCUAAAUGACGUCAGAAAAAUCCUCGGAAGUUUUUCAAAAAAAUUCGAGGGCCGCGAAAGCAGGAAAGAAGCACGUGAGGUCAGACAAGUAGCUCCAAAAAUGUUUCUUCUCAAAAUUCACUCUGAACGCGUCAUUUAUUUUUUCUUUAUGUAGUAUCUGUAUCUUCAGAACAACUGUCAGAAAAUGACGAAUAAUUUCGGAAACGCACAGAUAAUUUUGAGUUUCCCGGAAUUCGAACAAGACAUAAGUAUUCCAGCUUCACACCGAAAUAUCUUCCCUUUUUGGAACUAUUAGCGAUUUUUCAGGAGUUCCAAUGAUAACAAGGUACUUGAUGGAGAUACUCGGCUCUUACGGACCUCCAGAGGCUUUUCGCAUUGGAAAAGAUGUUGAGGAGACGAUUUUCGGGGCGAUGAAAGACAUCGAAACCAUGUUUUCCAUCACUUCUCGUUAUGCCGGCAGCGGGGUUUGAUUUUAUCUAAAAGAAUAAUUUUAAAAAAGGAGAAAUCAACUCAUUUGAAAAAAAGAGUAUUUUGUAAAAAUUCGGCGUUCAAAAAGUAAAACGUUUUUCUAUAAAUUUCUUUUUCUUACGAAGUUUAUCGAUUGCGUAGUCGUUGGAAGAAUAUAUUCAAAACGAAUGAAAGUUUUUCAUUUUGUGUUCCAACUUGUUUAAAGUUGUAGUAGAACUGGAAAAGCAUCAAAAUUCCGGAAAAUUUCUUUCUAUGUAUACAUUACCAUCAUUUUUCUACAAUUGUCUCACGUUUCAGCCAGAUUUGACGCGAGAAAUUGUGAGAUCUAUUUAUUGCCGUGCUGAGAAGCAGGACAUGGGCGGAAGGUUAAUUUCUAACUUUUUUAUCAACUGAAAUUUUCGAACUGGAAAAAAUCUUCAAGGGAACACUGGAUGGUGAGUUUGCCUUUCGCGGUCAUUGAGUACAAUCAGACGCCGAUGAAAUGCUUCGAUUUUCUUCUGAGUCCUUUUGAGGUGAUAUUUUCCAAUUAUAAUAUUACUUUCAUCUUUUUCGUCCAGUUGAUGUUCAAAAGAAGGCCUUGGACGACGCCGACGCCUCCGUGGAUCGACCACGAAGAAUUGAACGAGAAAAAAAGACAAGUGGCCAGAGAUUCGGCUCGAGGAAAGAAACGAUCUAACAAAAAGGUAAAAGUUGGAAAUUGAAAAGUUUGAGACCAAAAAUCAGUCUGAAAAGUUGAUCAUAUAAUUUAAGUCUACCGAGAAAAUAUUACAAGUCAGAAAUUCUUUUUUAAAAGCCUAGAGAAAAUAUUUUCAAGCUUUUAGAGUUUCCUAAAAUUUUUCCUGGUUCAGAAGUUUCUCACUGUGAAACUGGAAGAUGGGAAAGAUGAAGGACCACCGAAAGACGACGAUUUAUUGAAUCCGAACGAGUUGGAUGAACCUGAAGAUGAACAUUAUUACGAUGCAGUUCCGGAGGAUCGUUCCGAGUCCCUGAAGGAGCUGGUGAGUGUUUCAACUUUUUUAACUUUGGCUAUAAUCAUCCUCUUUAAAUAACUAAUUUUAAGCUAGAGAGCGCGUCUCAGCCAUGAAAAUGAUUGAUAUAAAGCUUUUAUGGUCCAAAUUUCGAGAGAAAUUGAAUAGGAACUUGACAAAAAUUCUUUAUUUUGAAAUAUUGUUUUCUAUACGACCUUAUUUGAACUCGGGCUUCAAUGGGGAUUUCAUGGGCCAAAAACUCUUUUAACAUGUCGACUUCGAUUUUUUAGUAAGAAAUUAUCAAGUGAAACAUCUUGUUCACUGUUUUUGAACCUUUUUUUCAAUUCAAAGGUGUUUCUUCGAUUUGAAUCUUUUUUGUGAUCGGGCUCGAGUCAGUUUAUCGUUUAAAAAAUAAUGAGUCAUGUUAUUCAUCCUCUAUGAAUUUUUGGAGUUUGCAAAGCGUAAAAAUAAAAUUUCUAGAUUUAUUAUUAGGGUUCUUCUCCGCAGAAGUUGAACUGAUAAAAUAAUCAUCCUCUUUAAUUUGUUAUUCAGCUGCAAAGAUUCGCAUCGCCCCGUUAUGAAGCCGAAUACGACGUUGACGGGAAAAUGAUAACUCCGGGAACUGGUUGUAUGUUCGCUGCCGGGGACCAAGUUUAUGUGAGAGAAAGGUUUCCAAAACCCAACUUCAUGAAGGUUUUAGGUGAAAAAUCCAGUGUAUUCGAUCAAAAAUCGCUCCGGAUGCGCUAGAUAUUUCCGUGGCGUCAUCGUCGACAUCGACAUUUUGCACAUUGAGAUGCUUUAUCGAGUUGGAUUUCUUCGUCGAAAAGCUUCAAUCUUUUUUUUCAGGUCCGUUUUUGGGCUGACGACCAAGAGAACGUUGAUGAGCUCCCUCUGACUUGUUGGCCUGCUGCCAAUGAUGGUUUCCAACUUUUUUUUUCUGAACAUUUUUUGAAGAUCCGAAGUUGAGGUUACGAUUCUUGCGAGGCUUGGUUUGCUGCUUGGGAUAUCGCCGCCUCGACUAAUUAUCUCUAUAAACUGCGUUCCGUUGGUAAGAAUUUAGAAAGUCGCAGAUGUUCUGAAAAAAAUAAAUUUUAUUCUCAUUUUGUUGAGCUUUUUUCGAGCAAUAUGAACGAUCCCAAAAACCUGUAAAACUUUUUUUUUGGAAGAGUUACCGAAAAUAAUUUGAAGACCAGUGCUUCAGUAUUUUUUCUCAGUUUUGAUCUUACUAGGAUGUUUUCUUGUAAAUCGAAUUGGGAAUUGAAAUUUGGUGAGUUGGUAAGCACAGAUAAGAAAAGUUUUUCGAAGCUUUUCCGAAAUUAAUGAAUAAGAUCCUCUAAAAUAUUCAUUCUGUACCAUGUAUUACAUGUUUCAGUGAAACGGAGAUGUAAUGAAUAACUUCAGAGAUGCGGAAACGGUGCAUGGCCAAAGGAAAAUGCAGGUGCGGCUGUGGAGAAGUUUCUGACCCUGGCUGUCUUUUCUCAGCUCCGUGUUGCGUUUCGGUAGCCUCAAACUUUCUAAGGAAUCCUGGAAUUCGGUCUUCCAGACCAGAAGUCGUUGCCUGCCGCACAACCGUCUUCGUAACCAGUUCAAACUGUUUGGCGGCGUUGUCGGCGACGGACUGAAGACGUCGAACAACUCCAAGGCAAUGACGUCAGCUUUGGCGUCACUCGGAAUGGCUCGGCCUAGCAACAACACAACUUUAAAGACUCUUGAGGAGGAGCUCGAUGGCGAUGUUUAUUUGAAAAGAAGCGAACAUGUAAAAUGUUCGCAUUUUAGAAGUCGUUUGAGCAUUUGUUGAAGGAGCUGAUUCCUGCCAUGAAAGUUCCUUUCAAGAAACUUCGCGAAAGAGCCGUCGCUGAGAUUUCCGAUAGAACGGCUGUUUCUCAGCAGAGGUACACAUGUCAAAGGAUAUUCAUAUUCACAUCGUGAUAAUUCAAGAAAACCUGCCUCACCUGCAAAACCGAAGUUGACUCUGAACUUGGUUCCUAUGAAAAGAUAUAAGUCGCACGAGAGUAUUCUGCUGGAUGGGGCUAAUAAUGAUGAUGAUGAUGAUCCUGACUACGUCGAAAACACGGUUCCGCGUUCCAGGUCCGGCCGAGAGUCCAGGAGAAAACGACCUUACUACACUUUUAGACCUACCACGUUUUUCGAGAAGUAAGCAGAGUAGCGGUGGGAAAAAAAUGGAGAGGGCAGUUUUGUAAAAAUCAACCUUUCUUUUUUUAAAUUUUUUUCAAAGCACUAGGAAAUUUCAGGAAUUUUUUUCCUCAGAGUUGAUUUCGAAUUUCGAGUCAAAUUUUUUUUGAUUUUCAAUCGAGUUUUGAAAAGAACUAUAACCCCUGGAAGUGAAAAUCGGACAUAAUAUGAAUAAAAAACGUUGAUUUUUCAUAAAUUGGAUAAUAAUUUUUUCGAUAUAAUUUACAGUGUCAAAUCGAAUAAUUUCGAGUAAUUUUUCUUCAAAAGUGCUCUCGAAACUUCCAACAAUUUAUUUUAUAUUGCAAAAAAAGCUAUAGUAGUAUUUUUAGAGAAGCCGAAAAGGUGAAAGACAAGAAAGAGUCGUCGCGAACUAAAUACACUCGUUCACCGGCGAGAAAGAAGAAGCGAGAAUCUUCAAGGAUAGAGGUACUUUCCGAAAGACGUGAACUUCAAAAAAAUACUAACUUUUAGCUGAGCUUGAAAACGGAAAGAACACUGAAAUAUAAAGUUAAAUAAUUAUUUUUUUCAACUAUAAGUCCUAAUAAGCGAGUGAAAAACUUUUUGAAACCACCAAUAUUUUUUCAAAGAAAAAAGUUUGUUUUUCAGGAAGAGAAUCCGUUUAAUCCGACGCCAAAAGAUCAGUCAAAUCUAGCAUUUACAAAAAUUAAAACAAAAGUCACUUCUUUGAAUCUCAGAAAAGAAGAAAUUGAAGAAGCCGCAGAUAAAACUUCGACAGACGGAUCUCUAAUCGAAGGUUUCUCACCAAAGGAACAUCCAAUCUUCUAACUAAUUUUUUCAGAAGGACAAAGUCCGGAGAAAAUUGCAGAAAUAGUUGUUGAAUAA